GUCAGUUAUCAGUUGCCUUUGAGUCGUGGAAGUGGGGAGUUGUGUGCCGUCGUUCCUGGCGGCGAUGGCAUCUUACGAAGAAGUCGGGAUAGGAGACGCUGUCCUCCUCGAUGAAAUCUCCACCAGUGCCUUCGUGGACAACUUGAGACUCAGGUUCAAUGGGGGGAAAAUCUACACGUACAUCGGGGAGGUGUGUGUGUCUGUCAACCCGUACAGACCCGUCACUUUCUAUGGCAAAGACUAUGUUAACCAGUACAAAGGGCGUGAAAUUUUCGAGCGACCUCCGCACAUCUUCGCGAUCGCGGAUGCGUCGUACAAGGCGAUGAAGCGGCGCGGCAAGGACACCUGCAUAGUCAUCUCCGGCGAGUCUGGCUCUGGCAAGACUGAGGCUUCCAAGAUUAUUAUGAGAUACAUCGCUGCUGUGACCAACGUGGCCGGCCAGCAGGAAGUGGAGAGAGUGAAGAAUGUCCUCCUGCAGUCCAACUCCAUCCUUGAAGCAUUUGGUAAUGCCAAAACUAACAGAAAUGACAAUUCUUCCCGAUUUGGCAAAUACAUGGACAUCAACUUUGAUUUCAAGGGUGACCCAGUUGGUGGCCACGUCCAGAACUACCUCUUAGAGAAGUCUAGGGUUGUUCUGCAACAGCAAGGUGAAAGGAGUUUUCACUCCUUUUAUCAGGUCUUAUUUGGGGCUACAGAUUCUGAGUUGUCCCGCCUCAAGUUGAAGCGGGAUGUCAACUCGUACCACUUCAUUCGUCAGGGGGGCACACCCCGAGUAGACUCCAUCGCUGAUAAAGCUGACUACAAGACUUGCCAACAGGCAUUCAAGACAUUAGGGUUCACACCUGAACAGAUUGAUGCUGUUUGGAGAAUUGUUGGUGCAAUUUUGCACUUGGGUAAUAUUGAAUUCUCCUCUGGUGGAGAUGAAACCCAGAUCCAGAAUCCCAAAGUUGUGAAAAACAUUGCAGAGCUGCUACAUGUUUCUCCAGAUGAGGUGAGGAAAGCACUCUGCCACAGGGUCAUAGCAGCACGUGGAGAGGUCAUGGAGAAGCGCCAUACAGAAAGUGAGGCCACAUUUGGUCGAGAUGCAUUUGCCAAGGCCAUCUAUGAGAGACUCUUCUCCUUCAUUGUGGAAGGUGUAAAUAAAGCCAUUGAGGUUCGCUAUGAAGGUCUAGCUGCCCGCUACAAAUACAACACUGUCAUUGGUGUCUUGGAUAUUUAUGGAUUUGAAAUAUUUGAACAAAACAGUUUUGAGCAAUUUUGUAUCAAUUAUUGUAACGAGAAGCUACAACAGCUCUUCAUUGAACUUGUAUUAAAGCAAGAGCAAGAAGAGUACAAGAGGGAGGGCAUUGCUUGGCAGAAUAUUGAAUAUUUCAACAAUCAAAUUAUAUGUGAUUUGGUUGAGCAGCCACAUAAGGGAAUCAUUGCAAUAACUGAUGAAGCAUGUCUCAAUGUUGGCAAAGUGACAGAUCAGAUGCUGCUUGAAGCUAUGGAGAACAAACUGAAGGGACAUAACCACUUCACUACACGCAAACUCUCACCCAUGGACAAAGAACUGAAGCAUGUGGAAGAAUUCAGAAUAAAGCACUAUGCUGGAGAUGUUGUGUACAGUAUCAAAGGUUUCUUGGAAAAGAACAAGGACACACUGUUCCAGGACUUCAAGAGGCUGAUGUAUAGUUCUUCAGAUCCUGUUAUCUCGGACAUGUGGCCAGAAGGUGCACAGGACAUUACUAUGACAACAAAACGACCUCUCACAGCAGGAACACUAUUCAAGAAUUCAAUGGUAGCUUUAGUGAAAAACCUUGCCAGCAAAGAGCCAUACUAUAUUCGGUGUAUAAAGCCCAACGACCAAAAGUCUCCUGUUAUCUUCGACCAAGAGCGAGUUGUUCACCAGGUGAACUAUCUUGGUCUGGUGGAGAACCUUCGAGUAAGAAGAGCUGGUUUUGCAUAUAGGCAGAGUUAUGAUCGCUUCCUCAGGAGAUACAAGAUGAUCUCUCAGUACACAUGGCCCAACUUCCAUGGUGGUACAGACCGAGAGGGAACCAAGAUUCUGGUAGAGGAACAGGGCUUCACCAAUGACGUCAAAUAUGGCAAUACCAAACUCUUUAUCCGCUCUCCACAGACUCUCUUUGCUUUGGAACAGGGUAGAGCCAAGCUGAUCCCAGGAAUAGUGAUUUUCCUGCAAAAGAUGUGGCGAGGAGCUAUUUGUCGAAUGCACUACAGACGCAUGUGUGCUGCCAUCACCAUCCUGCGCCACUACAGACUCUACAAGAUGAGAUCCUACAUACUGGAGCUUAACAGAGUAUUCAGAAAUGUGAGGCAAAUGCAGGACUAUGGUAAGCAUGUGCGGUGGCCAGCUCCACCCUUAGUGUUACAAGCAAUGGUGUCAGAUUUCCAGAGCAUUCACAACCGGUGGAGGGCUAGCAUGAUCCUCUCCAGUAUCCCUAAAACAGAAUGGCCUCAACUUCGCAUCAAGGUGAUUGCAGGGGAUGCUUUGAUGGGUAAGCGUGUGGACUGGGGUGUGCGAGAGACCUGGGAGGGGAACUACCUGGCAUCUACAAAAGAAAACCCUGAAGCUGCAACCUUUCAGUCUGCUGUAAGAAACAUGCGCAACAAGGAUGGAUUCAGAGAGGUAUUGUUCUCCAGUUUGGUAAGAAAGAUAAAUAAAAAGAACAAGAUGGCAGAGCGUGCAAUUAUGCUGACAGACAAGCAAAUUUACAAAUUACACAGCAAGACCUUCAAGCCACUAAGAUCUCCUAUUCCCAUUUUGGAGGUGAGUGGAGUGAGUGUAAGCCCAGGCCAAGAUCAGUUAGUUAUAAUCCACUUAAGAGGUGGCAAUGACCUAGUUAUUUCUCUGUCAUCACAUACUAAUGCAAAUCGUGUUGGAGAAUUAACUGGACUCCUACUCAGACAGUAUCAAGUUCUUAAUCGCUCGGAGCUGCGUGUGGUAGUGGGUGCAAGCCUUCAGUGCAUGUUGGGUAACAAGUCUCGAAUGGUGACUGUUGAAGAGAGUGAUGUUGGCUCAUUUGCUGCAUUUAGGAAAGGUUCCAAGCGUGGUGACAUGGUAUACACAUGGCCCAGCUCCCUUAACAAGGAAUUGCCUCCCCCACCCAAAUCACAUGGCAGGCAGGCUCCUCCUCCACCCGUUCGUUCUGUUGGAGCUAAUGGUCAUGGCAAUGGAAGUGUACCUGGAAAUGGACAUAUCAAGGGCAAUGGAUUCACAAGCACCAACAACAGCUAUAUUCAUGGAAAUGGUAACAGUCGUGUAUAUGCCAAUACUGGAAGGUAUUAGUUACGAUCAAAAGAAUUCACAGAUGUGCUGUUAGAAUUUAUUCUGGGGAUGAACUUGAUGGAAGGGUUUAGCAAUUUUAGUAAAUAGUGAUACUGAAUGCGUGCCUUACACGAAAGUGCUCUUUAUAUAGCAUAUCAGAGCUUAUGAACUUAGUCUGUACAAUUUCAGUAUUUACAUUUAUAUUUUUCUUGGAACUAAAAGGCAAAUGGCAAUACAUUUUCACAAUGAUUCAGUAGGUAGAUUCCAUUUAAUGUCAUCUACAUUCAUUUCACAUGUCUAUAAUAGUCAUUUUUUUCAUUCAUCUCAUUUCUUUGCUAACAUAGUGACACUUUUGAUAGUUUUAUAAAUAAUUCAGGUAAAUUCUUUUGAAAUUAUUUAGUACAGUAGGCUGAAAAUUUCAAAUUAUUAUAAUAUUGAUGGGUAAUGUUGAACCCAUACUGGUAAAAGCACAAGGGAAUGAGAGGUAAUCAGGUUUAAUCCAAGGUAAGUGAGAGGGUACGCAUAUUCUUUGGAACGAGAGUUUUUCACCAGCAAGUUUAAAAAAAAAAAUCUCAUAGCCAUAAAUGUUUAAUAGCAUUUUCACAUUGUUAUUUCUUCAUUCCUUUGGUUUUGCCAUAUUCUACAUCUGUUAAUAAUAAUAUAUUUCUCAUUGCGUGUUUCUCAGUGUAAGAAGGCCAUCCUAUUAUUUUUAUAGGAUGUAGCUUUUCAAGUGCAUUAUAUUCGAGACCUCAACCUUGUUGUCAUGGGUUUCAAGUCUUGAGAUCACUAGUAACAAAAAGGCACCAUAAGCUCUUGCAUUCAUUAUGUUGAAAUUUAGAAACAUUUAUUGGCUUUCAUUUGUAUGUCAUGAGGGUUUGGACAUUAUCUUAUUAGUAUAAAUUAAUAGCUAGAUGCCUUGUUGUUCAACCAUGAUUCAACCUGGGGUAUGAAGUUAAGAACAUCUUUUUCUUAUGCUUUUUUUUCAUUAUGGGAUUAACUCAUAAUCUACUAAUGAAAGGGAAAUAUGUAGAAAGAAUUUAGCAAAGAGGAUAAGGUGUACAGGUUGUGUGAGUUGAACAAUAUAUAUUUACAUCUCAAGAAAAUAAUUUUGUUGAUACAAAUUUUUUAAGAAAUGUGGAAGACUAAAAUUUUGUAUUUUUUCUAAUACACAUGAGGCCUAUUUAAGAUUUAUAUUUGUAAAUAAGAAAAUGACAAAGUAUAAAGAUAGACUUAAGUAUAAUAAGUACAACAAUCUAUUUGUGAUGCUUUGUUAAUUGUUCAUCUAAUUGGAGGGAGGCUAGCAAAGAUUAGUGAGGAAAUUUUAUCCAAACUGUCUUCUAGUAAAUUACUGCAAGGCAGGUAAAUUCCUUAAAAUAACAAAUUAAAAUUUUCACCAUGAAGGUAUGAGAAAAUAUCCUACUCAGAUUUGGAAUUUAAAGUGCUUGAAAGAAUAAUUCAUACAUUUUGCAACCCUACUGCUUUUAAGAGCAUAAAUUUUGUUUGGGACUAUAUGUUUACAAAGAAAAUGAGUUUUAUUGCCAUUGCAUGAAAGUUUUUACAGCUUCUAUAUUGAAAGCUGCUGGUAUAGCCCUAGUGUCAGAUGGUUCAUUGUACACAGUGUAUGUGAAUGUACAGUUUAGUUGUGCCAUUUUAUAGGGUUGGUAAUAUGUGCUGUAAGGAAGUUUUUUGUAUAAUUGUCUGUGUGUGUGUGUGUAUAAUACAGUAUACAAAGUGAUUUUUGGUGUGAUUAUUUCUUGCUACACAAGAUUGUGUUGAGGGAAGUAUCUUUGAGGAACUUUGACAAAAAGAUUUUUUUUUUUUUACCAGAAUAUUUUACAUGAUCAGUGAAGUAUAGAAUGGCUAUUUGGACUCGAGUAGCAUUUCAUAAAAUUGUUGUGUAAUGUUGAGUUUCAGGACUCGCCAGGAAUAUUAAAUUAUAAGUAUUAAGUUAACCUUGGAUUGUGUAUAGGUACAGUGUUUGCCAUAAUGCUGCUGGUUUGCGAAAUUCAAAAUGCAAGAAUAAAAAUUGUAUAAUAUACAGCUUCACAUUCUAUUUUAAAAAAUGCUGCUUUUUAAAUUUUAAUAUUUAUACAGUAACUAUAUCUUGACAGUGUGCUUAAGCAGGUUUCUUUUAGUAAGUUGCAUUAUAGUCAUUUUGUAUUUUCCAUUUACUGUUAAUUGAUUUUAAAAUGUACUUCUUCUGGGAUUUUAAUUCCAAAAGUUGGUUGACGUUGGUACACUAGAAAUUUGUUGACAUAUUGUACAUUAAGACAUCCUAAAAACAGUAAAUAAUUUUUGGUUUCAUAAUUGUACCAAGUUCAGUCAAGUAACUGGAGGAAACCACCCAUUACUGUCCAGUGCUCCUGUUGAUUUACUUAAUAAAAAAAUUAAAGACCAUUACAAUACAUUGACAUUUUAAAAAAUAAGGAAAUUCAAUUAAUUUGCAUUAUAAUAAAAUUUAUCAUCUUGUAUAUUACAUAGAUAUUUAUGAAUAAAACAAUGUGUAUAU